GUACUUUGGAGUUAAUACUCGUAGCUUUCGUAGGCAAAGUUGAAACAUUAUCGCUUUGAGAUGAAGGAUAUACAACUUGUAAUCACGUCCAUUCUUUUCUGUAUAUUACAAUUUUUUAACAUUGACUUUGAAAAUAAGGUACAUGCAAAUAAUAAUGAAAUAUUACCUAAUUGGGAAAGGCGACAUAUUCAAGAACUAAAGGAUAUUCAGUUGAAUCGGAGGGACCCGACUGAUAGUAUCGAGCAUGAGCAUGCAGAGUUUGCUGAAUUUCGAAGACGACGUCAAAAGAAUAACAAGAAAACAACAAACGAUAAAAAGCCUACAUAUCCAAAAAAAUCUACAAAAGAAGGAGAAAAGAAGAGGAGAAAGAGAAGAAGAAAAAACACCAGCAACAAGAAGUUCUUUAAAACUACUUUAAACGAAAUUGGUACAGACUCCAAGAUGUCAGAUUCGAGGGAUAGCGAUAGGAACGGAAAACCAGUAGAUAUUAUUGUACAUAUUAAAAUGAAUGAGUGAAUAAAUAUUUACCAAAAGAAAUCUU